UGUAUGAAAUCCUUGGAGUCAAAAGGACGGCUAAGAGAGUAGAAAUAAAGCGGGCAUAUUAUGCAUUGGCUAAAUAAAUACCACCCAGAUGUGAACUCCUCUGCUGCUGCCAAGCACAAGUUUGGUAAAAUCCAGAAAGCUUAUGAAGUACUCUCCGAUUCGAAGCAGAGGGAUCUUUAUGAUCUAGAGAAUGAUUACUCGAGUAGGGGUGACUGGAGCGGAUUUAGGGAUGAGAGUUAUAGUGCUUCUGACCCUUCACAGAGGAGAAGAAGACGUCCACAAGCUCAGGAUAGGACUGAAAGUCAAGGGUUUUGGGAUGCCGGGUUUGAGACUGAACAAGAUUUCAAGCAGCGGAAGGAAGAAGGUGAUGUGUUUGAUGAGUUCUUCUUCACUGGUAAGCAAAGCGCAACUCCGAAAGAUAGUGAUCUUACUCGAGGAAAAGAUAUUGAGUUAGAGCUUCAUCUUGAAUUCAUGGAUGCUGUCCACGGGUGAAAUCAUACCUUUAAAAUAGUAAAAGACGUGGUCUGUGAGGUCUGUAAAGGGACAAGAGCUGAUCCAGAUAGUUCUCCUAGCAUUUGAGCUGAAUGAGGAGGCCGGGGAUAUUCUCUGACUAAUUUUGGGUUGAAGAAAGCAUGUUCGAAAUGAGAAGGAGCUGGACAUUUUAUCAGACAGCCCUGCCAGACUUGUGAUGGAAAAGGAACCAUUGCUAAUGUUGAAGUUGAAGAAGAAGUCAAAAUUCCUCAGGGAAUUAGGGAAGGACAAAAGCUUAGAUUUACUAAUAAAGGUCAUGCGAGUCAGGUUUACAACGGAAAUCCUGGGGACAUCAUUGCUUCAAUAAUUAUCAAAGAUCAUGAGUCAUUUCAAAGGAAUGGCUAUGAUAUUAUUUCAGAAGUUCCUAUAACUAUUGCUCAGGCAAUCCUGGGAAGUAAGAUAAAAAUUGAAACAUUGCAUGGAGAGCAGGAGAUAUCGCUCGAGCCUGAGUAUACUAUCACAAUAAGAUAUGUGCUUAAAAAUUAUGGUGCCCCUUAUAUGUACCCAGAUGAAGAUAAGAGAGGAGAUCACAUCAUAAAAUUUAAGAUAAUAGUUCCAGAAGAUCUGACAGAAACACAAAGAAGUGUUAUCGAAAAACUUAAGGACAUUGAGAAGUCUCAAGGCCUCUUCUCUGGAAAUAUGGACUCUCUUGGAGAUUUUAAUGAGCGUAAGCUUGACUAUAAAAUCAUUGGGGACCGUAAAGCUGGGUUUUGGGGUAAGAAGCCUGAUUAUAAGCCUGGGGACAUCAAUACAGAGUCAAAGAGCAUCUUUGAAAGAGUGAAAUCUUUUAUAUUUUAGCCAGUAA